AUGGAAAAAAUAGAUUUAUCAACCAAUUCUAGAAAGCUUCAAGAAGCUUAUGACAAUGUCGUUAGAGGAGAACCAAGCUCAACCUUUGUGGUUUACUCCGUUGACAAAAACGCAAUCUUGGAUGUUACCGAAACUGGUAAUGGAUCAUUAGAUGAAUUUGUUGAAAAUUUUACUGAUGGACAAGUUCAAUUUGGUUUGGCUAGAGUCACUGUACCAGGAUCAGAUGUUUCUAAAGUUAUUUUAUUGGGUUGGUGUCCAGACAAUGCUCCAGCUAAAUUGAGAUUGUCAUUUGCCAAUAAUUUUGCUGAAGUUUCUAAAGUCUUUAGCGGAUACCACGUUCAAAUAACUGCCAGAGAUCAAGAUGAUUUGGAUGUUGAUGAAUUCUUAAACAGAGUUGGUGCUGCUGCCGGUGCCAGAUACUCUACCCAAGGUUCCGGAGUAACCAAAUCAAAUACCACUGUUCCAAAACCAAUGUCAAAACCAAUUGUUGCCAAACCAAGUCCUGCACCAAAACCAUCUUCAACUCCAUCUUUUGUUCCAAAAUCUACUGGUAAACCAAUUGCCCCAGUCAAACCAAAACCAGUAUUACCAACCCCAUCUGGAUUCAAACCAAAACCAGCUGCAAAACCAUCCACAGAUAAUGGCUGGGGCGAUGCUGAAGAUGUAGAAGAAAGAGACUUUGAUGAGAAACCAUUGGAAAAUGUUCCAUCUUCAUAUAAACCAACCAAGGUUAACAUUGACGAUUUGAGAAAACAAAAAUCAGACACCAUUAGUUCCACUCCAAAACCAUUCAAAGCAGAAUCCUCCAAGGAUGAAGAAGAGGAUGAUGAAAAACCAAAACCAUUAUCUGAAAGAAUGAAGGCAUAUGAUCAUUCUCCAUCUAGUGAUGGCAGAUUGACUUCCUUGCCAAAACCAAAAGUUUCCAAUUCUGUUGCUGAUAAAUAUAAAGCCAAUGCUUCUGGAAAUGGUGGUGCUCCAUCAUUUGGCGCAAAACCAGUUUUUGGUCACCAAUCUGCUGAAUCUAAAAAGGAUAAAGUGGUUGGUGGUUUAUCAAGAAACUUUGGUGCUGAAAAUGGUAAAACUCCAGCACAAAUUUGGGCUGAAAAAAGAGGUAAAUAUAAGACUGUUGCUAAUGAUGAUGACAAUGAUGGGGCCAAGUCCACCCAAGGUGAUAAUGAAGUUGAAGAACACCAUGCUUCUGAUUUAGCUAAGAAAUUUGAACAACAAGCAAAGAUUGCACAAGAAGAAGAAGAGGAAGAAAAGACUACCCCAUCUCUUCCAACUAGAAACCUCCCACCACCAGUUAGACAAGCUGCUCCAGAACCAGAAGAAGAAGAAGACGAGGAAGACGAAGAAGAAGAAAAACCAGCUACCUUACCUGCUAGAAACUUGCCACCUCCACCUGUCAGACAAGUCCAACCUGAACCUGAACCAGAGGAAGAAGAAGAGGAAGAAGAAGAAGAAAAAGAAGAGCCAGCUGCUGCUCCAGCUGCUGCUCCAGCCCCAGGUUUACCAGCAAGAAACCUUCCACCAGCUCCACAAGCUGAAGAACCAAAGAAAGAUUCUGUUACUGCUACUGCAGAAUAUGAAUACGAAAAAGAUGAAGACAAUGAAAUUGGUUUUGAUGAAGGUGAUUUGAUUGUUGAAAUCGAAUUUGUCGAUGAAGAUUGGUGGAAGGGUAAACACUCUAAAACCGGUGAAGUUGGUUUAUUCCCAGCUUCUUAUGUUAGCUUAAAUGAAAAACCAGCUGAAAAGGAAGAUGCACCAGCUGCUCCAUCUUUGCCAACUAGAGAAGAACCAGAAGCUCCACUGAAAUCCGAAUCUAAGUCAGCCACUGCUGAAUAUGACUAUGAAAAAGAUGAAGAUAACGAAAUUGGUUUUGCUGAAGGUGAUGUAAUUGUUGACAUUGAGUUUGUUGAUGAUGACUGGUGGAAAGGUAAGCAUUCCAAGACUGGUGAAGUUGGUUUAUUCCCAGCUAACUAUGUUGUUUUAAAUGAAUAA